UUCCAAAGGUUCGACUUCGAUUCCCCAUCGGAAGCCUGAGGACAACCUGAGGCGAGCUGCGAGACAAUCAAGGAACACGGAGCCCCUCCCCAACGAAAAGGGUUCCUUCUUCAGGGCCCCGACUGUACAACUGUCAGAGGGCCAUACAAAGAACGGAGGGGGCCGGAAGACUAUGCAGGAGGCCCUGAGGCGUACAGGGCCUUUGAAAAAAUUGCGCGCAGAGGGGCGACCGCGGCUGCGGGAGACCGCGGCGGAGGGUCCCGAGCUCAGCCGCGUCGGCCCUGCAGCGCCCACGCCCCGCGGAGAGAGAAAAAAGUGGCCGACGCUCCUCGCCGUGAGGCCGCCUCUGGCGACCUGCCCGCCGCGCCAAGCGAUGAGGAGGAGGAGGAGGAGGAGGAAGGAGGAGGAGGAGGAGGAGGAGGAGGAGGAGGAGGAGGGUAGGGUUCGCACGCGGCCUCCUGCCCACGACGUGCCCCAACGGCGGGCAGAUCCGCGCGCGUCGGGGGGGGGGGGGGGCGCAGAGCGAGGCCGCAGCGGGAGGCUCUGGAGCGCUGCGGAGGCUGUCCCGGAGGCGGCUGGGGGCUCGUCGCGGAGACGUCUGGACGGUUCGCCUACCAUCACUCCAGACAUACUGGCGCAGGACGAAAGAUUUACUUCUUGAGGUGCAAAUGGCUCCCCGCUUUACUCUAAUAGUACGCAUGUACAGCGGGGUCAAAAUCGGAUACGCCGCGAAAAAAGGCCGAACACGGAUCCAGCAAAUCCGAAAUCGGAUCCGCGCGGGCGGAAAUCGGAUCCACCGAGGCAAACGCCAAAGCCACAAUUGGACCCGCGCGAACUUCACGGGAUCCGACGGUGGUUAUCUCACGCGCGCCUGCUCAAAAAUUCAAGCCGUCGCUCUGGGCCCGAAAGGAAACAUUUUUCG